CCUCGUAAUAACUUGGCAAUCUCUAGACUUGUCAUUUACAGCACACAAUUAUUCUCUAGUCCUUUGACAGCUCUGCGAACAGCGUCAGGGAAACACGGCAGGUUUAUCGACAGCAGAACAGGUACUUCUUUGUACUGUGGCCGUGCGGGAAACGGUCGCCUACGAGCUGCACCUUUAGUCUUGGCUGCCGCGCAAUUCGCAUCGCUGAUAAACCACAACCGCCAAGGCCUUCCACGAUCCUCUCCCAGACCCCCGACGAGCCGCUUUGCUUCCUCUACAGCAGCUCCCAGCCUCUGCCAGCGCUCAAUUGCCGCGUCGCCUGCGCUGCCGCCACCAUGAGGCCUCUUCUCGGGCUUCUCGCCCUGGGCAUGUCCCUCUGGACCGCCCAGGCGCUGGAGGUUCCAAUGAACGAAAAGGAAGGCUCUCGCCAGUACUGCACCGGAAUGUAUAGUCGCAAGUCUUGGGGCGGUCCGGUCGAUCCCUUUAUCCUCGUCAAGUUCCUUAACGAUACUGCGCCGGAAGGAGACGACCCCGUCGCCAGUCUGGUCAUAUUCGAGUGGAGAGAUGGCAACCUGGUGGGAAUCCCGGAUCCAGAUCUCCAAGCCCAGCGACUUGCGCUUUGUGACGAAGGCGCCAUUAAGAACGGAUACUGCAACUCAACCGACAAGGGGCAAUUUGUCCUGGCCAAGAAUGCUACCGACUUAUCCAACCAGGUCAUCUUGACCAAGGCCGUCCACCUGAACAACCCGGCGCCCAUCAACUACCCGAUUAAAAAGACUGGAUACUACUGUGUCCUCACCGAAGGAUUCAACAUUCAGAAAUACAGCGCCGUGGUUGAAUUCAGAAACGCCUACGGAGAGCUGCCGGCAACCCAGAUCCCGAAGCUCCCCUUUUACGGCGGAAUGUCCAUUUUAUACGCCUUGGUAGCUGUCUUUUGGGGCUUUCUUUACUUUCAGCACCGACAUGACAUCCUUGCUGUGCAAAACUACAUCACGGCCAUUCUCAUCUUUUUGACAGUUGAAAUGAUUCUGACAUGGGGAUUCUAUGAUUUCCAGAAUCAUAAUGGGACUGCCGGCGUGGGCAGCAAAGUCUAUCUCAUUGUGAUUGCAGUCUUGAAUGCCGCUCGAAACUCUUUCUCAUUCUUCCUGCUCCUCAUCGUCUGCAUGGGCUACGGUGUUGUCAAGCCUACUCUCGGGCGCACAAUGAUUUACAUCAGAUGGCUUGCUGCUGCCCAUUUCAUUUUCGGCAUUGUCUACGCAGUAACGAGUUUACUUGUGUCGCCCGAAAGUGCUGGCCCCUUUGUUCUUCUCAUUGUCCUCCCAUUGGCUGGAACUUUGACGGCCUUCUACGUUUGGACGCUUAACGCGCUCAACUAUACCCUCAAAGACCUGCGGGAGAGAAAGCAGCAUGUCAAAGAAACCAUGUACAAGAAGCUGUGGUGGGCCAUUCUCAUCAGCGUCUUGGUCAUUUUUGGCUUCUUCUUCUUUAAUAGCUUUACCUUUGCAUCGGCCAGCGACCCCGAUUUCGUCCCUUUUCACUGGAAGACUAGAUGGUUCAUCUUGGAUGGCUGGCUCAACAUUGUGUAUUUUGCCGACGUUGCCUGGGUGGCAUACGUCUGGCGACCUACAGUCAACAAUCGUCGCUUUGCCAUGAGUGAUGAGAUUGCUCAAGACGAUGAUGGAAACUUUGAAAUUGGAGACAUUGGCAUGCCUGACGACUCGGACGAUGACGAAGAGGCGCAAAUCGGCAAGCCUACCUAUCCUGGGCAAGACAGCGGUGUGACAGGUGCUGGGCCAGCACAAGCUAGUAGCAGCAGAGCUGUACCGGGCGCGCAGUCACAAUCAACAGCUCGUGCUGUCCCACGAGACUCCAUUGACGGAGAGACGAUAUUUGCAGUCGGCGAUGAAGACGGCGAUAAGGCAUCGGAUAGCGAGGGAGACAGCGACGAUGACGAGGAUGCCAAGCUUGUACACAAGAAAAUGUAAAGACGGAGAUACGGCAUCAUACAGCGAGAUGACAGCGAAGUGACAGCGAAGUGCGGCGACGAUGAGGAUGCCAAGUGUGUACACAAGAAACUACGAUGAGGAGACGUGUUGAACUUUUCUGGAAACGCGCUGGGUUGUAGAAUGGAACAGGAACGGAACUGGCUUCUCAGGAGUUAUUAAUAGGGGUUUUUCGUACCAACAUUGCUUUGUUGUUUUACGGUGUAGAAUAGAAAAUUGAUUCAAUAUGACUUGAUAGGGGAUGGAUCUUGUGUGAACUGGGCUAGUAUUUACAGAGGUUGAUAAUGGGCUACA